CUUUUUUGUCAAUAUAAAAAAAAAAAAAUGAAAAUACGAAGUAUUUGUAUUUUAUUUUUCACAUCCAUAGCAAGUAUAAUAGCACAGGAUGUAAGUGAGGGAUCUACUGAAACUAUUGCAAUAACUACUGAUGCAGUAACUACGAAUGCAGUAACUACUGAUGCAAUUACUACUACUGCAACACCUACUGUUGCAACAACUAGUGAUAUGGCUACUACAACAAUUGAUAUUACAACAACAGCUGAUCCAGUUACGACUACGACCUCAUCAUCAGCUGCUGCUGCUACUACUACUACUGCCGCUGUUGAUUUGAGUGACUGCUUAAACGCUGAUGCUUUUACAGACCAUGAUUAUUUUCCAAACAAACUUGAUUUUAGCAAAUUAGAUUCCACUGCUCAAUUUAAUGUGACCUAUUACAAUACAUACAAGCUUGUUCAUAACCUUGUCUUAGAUGAAUAUUAUGUACUUCAUUGUACAAAAUCAGCACCUUCAUUGGGAAAUACGUUUCAGUCAAAGACAUUCGUUCAGAUUCCCGUAAGAUCUUUUGCAGCCAUUGAUACCAGAGCUUUAGGUUAUCUUGAUCUUUUAGGACAAAGUAAUAAUGUGGCAUUUGUUGGAAAUACAAGUAAUAUUACCAGUCCUUGUGGAACGAAUACACCGGCAUAUUUCAAUUUGAGUGAUCCUAAUCUUGAUAGAACAAAAUAUGACUUGGCUAUUUAUUCUGUUUCCUCAAAUAAUGACCCCAAAGGUGUCGGGUUUGGUAUUAAUUAUAAUAAUUCACCACUUGGAAAUGCUCAAUGGAUCAAAUAUAUUGCAUUAUUUACAAAUCAAGAAACAGAAGCAGAUACUAUUUAUAAUAAUAUUUUAACAGAUUACAACACAUUUCGAGAUAGCAUUAAUGCAGCGGGAAGUGUGUUAUAUAAAAGGAAUAUUACAUUUAUGAAUUAUGAUCCAUCUUCCACAAAGUUCAAUAUCCUACAGGACACCUAUUUUCAAAAUUUGACAUCCGACGCAGGUGCCGUCUUGUUAAAGCCACAUGUCUUGCAACCUGGUGAUCCAUCUGUCAUGAAAGAGCAAUUACAAAAUUCAUCUGUUGUUAUUGAUUUGACGCCUGACUCUGCCUUUGGGUCAACAUAUAACAAUUGGCAGUCAUGGUUGGGAUACUCGGAUGACAAAAUCAGUUCCGCGGAAAAAGCAGCAUUUGACACUUAUCAGCAGACGAAAAAGUAUAUAAAUUCGUAUGAUGCGCCUCCUUUUGCAAGAAAUAAGCAACUAUGGAGAUUUGAUUUAAUUACAAAAGAAGGGGCUUUAGAUUAUUGGACUCGUGGGAUGGCAAGACCCGAUCUUCUACUUCAGGAUUUAAUUCAAGUACAGUUCCCUGGUUUUUUCAAAUCACGUAGUCGGGUGUUUUUAAGAAGUUUUGCGGAUAAUAAUGAAUCAAGUCGUACAGCUUCAUCUUCUCCAGAUAGUUAUCAAUGUAACUUGAGACAAUGGGAAAAAGCAGCUAGUGUAUCCUAUCAAAACUCGGAUUCAGAUAUACCGGCAUUAAGCGCGACUAGCAAUAAAAUGUCUUUAGGCCUCAUUAUUGGCGUCAGUGUGGCGGGAGGCAUGGUAGCGCUGGCUUGCUUAGCAACAGUCUUCGUUUUGAUCAAACGUAAAAUGAAGGAUGGUAAUGGUAAACGUUUUACACGACUAAAUGAUGAAACAAUGGAUGAAUUUGGUGCCUUGGAUAAAGACCCAAUGAUGCCAACAACAACAGAAACUAGUAGAUUUGGAGGUUCAAGUAGAGGCUUUUAAAAAAUGAAAAAAAAAAGUUACUAGCUGUAUAUAGAAAACAGAAUAAAAUAAAUUGAAUGUAUUAUUAUUUUGUAAUACUAAACAAAUGCACUGAGUUAUUAUAAAUACAUGGCAGAAAAAUUCGUUCAUUGCUUCCUUCUUCUUUUUCUUUUUCUUUUUGUUCUUUUAUAUAUCACAACAUAGUAUAUGAUU